UGUUUUGUGUCACCUCUGCUUCUUCCCAAUCUUGCUGUUGUAAGAAGCCAAAUUCACCUCAAAACCUGCCACCAGGUCCAGUAAUUGCUUUUCUGUCCAGGAACAGAUGAAAAGGAGAAAAGACCACUGACUCCAACUAUGUUAGAUCUAGUAAGGGCUUCAAGUGUAAUUAAUGGCUUGCACAAAGAUAGUAGCAACGGUAUCUCUUUCUGUCAGGAGAAAUAGCAAUGUUGGCUGAAACAGAGAGGAGUUCUUCUUUCGGCUUCGGUGGAGCUAUUAUUGGAAAAACAUUAUUUCAGUUGAUUUCGUGAACUUUUCUUGGAGCAGAACGAAACUUGAUGUUUCACUCUUAAAAAACCUAAACAUAAUACUGAAACCAAGAUGGAAGCAGUGACAUAUCAGGAUUCAGAAAAGAAGAUAAUUGCUUGAGCAACUCCUACAAGCAACAAUUAUCUGUUAGUCCAUUUUGCAGAAACUACUUUGCUGCAUAGCACUGGAUGCAGUAGAGGAUCCUUACUCAUGAAAAUCAAAGAGGAGACGUGUUUUUCGUAUAAGCUGUAUUUUAAUUUGAUUUCUAAUGCAAUUAGUAUUCUUGAAACUAAGCAACUUAGGGUGACUUUGAACACUAUCAGUAAUUUGUUCUUAAAUUGUAAUACGGCAAUCAAAAUAGUUUAUAUUAUUGUUGGGUCAUGAGGGAAGUUCAUAAUCAUCACACCUGGCUUUUGACUAUGGCUAUGAAUCUACCUUACUUAUGUUGCUCAACAUCCUGUGUUUCAUCUAAUGGAAAACUCCUACUCUCACUUCUUCCAAGUGUGAGUCAACCAAUUUAUUUGGGUAUGCUUCCUCUCAAAUUGAAGCUUUUUGUUCCAUCUAUUUUUAAAGUUUUAAUUACUAAAAUCUACUUUUUAUUUUGAAAAAGUUGUUUAGAAACAGGUGGUGAUUGUAUAGCCAUAAAAUCUAAAAUGAAACAAGAGAAGAAAGUGAUACAAAUGGCAUCACUGUUACACUGCCUAGGAGGAUCCGUUGACCAAUGUGAAACCAACUCUCCCUAUUUCCUAUACUGCAUGGGACAGUCAGUACACAAGAAUAUAAAAUUAGCACCACUGUCCCCUGGACUACUUUUACUUCUUUAUUGUUCAUCUUUUCUUUAUUAAAAACACAAGUGGAAACAAAUUCAAAGUACUAUAAGUGAUAGCAGGGAUUUUUUGUGGAAAGUGGAAACUAAGCGUGUAUGUUCCAACAUAACUUUGUUGUAAUAUUUAAUUACUACCACUAAGCGUUUGAGCCGCUUGCCAAAAUAAUUGAAGAGAGAGAAUCAGAAUUUUGUUGUGAUUUCUUUCUUCUCAAGCUAUUCUUUUUCUUCUUUCUUACAAACUAAGAAACUAAUGGAGGGUAUUCAAUUUCAGAGAGAAAAUCUGCUGUUCCUUGCAAAUUCUGUGAAGCUGUUGUUAGAAAACUAUGUUUUUACUGAGUUCGGCGAUAACUCCAGGUAUGACUUUUCAUUUUUGAAGAAAACAUUGUUGGAUGUUCAAGAUGUUCUACUUUGUCAUGAUCUGGAGAAACUCAUCCCUAUUCCAGCUGUCAAUCUAUCGCUGGAUUCGCUCAGAUAUGCUGUCUUUCAUCUUGCUACUUUCUUUGACAAAUUUGACUUUUCAUUGAGGUAUGAUACCCCACAUAAUAUUAAUCUGCUCAAAAAUCUUGUUCGUUUAAAUCAUGAAAUUGAUGUGAUUAAUUAUAAAACGAAAAGAUUAAUUGAAAUAUCACUGGGCUUGAGUUCAGGAGAACAACUAGCUGAAUUAAGUCUUUCCAAUUCUAAUUUGGAUGCUGAUUCUUCUAUUUAUGGAAGAGACGCUGAUAUUCAGAAACUUAAAGAUAUGUUGUUGUCUAGUGAUAGUAAAAUAAGAGUGAUUUCCAUUGUUGGUAUGGGAGGGAUUGGUAAAACAGCCCUUGCCAAACACCUUUACAAUCAUCCUCAAGUUAACGACAAAUUUGAGUUAAGAGUAUGGGCAGAUUUCUCAGAGCAUGUUGAUGAGUUCUCAAAUUAUGGGCAGAUUUUUAAAACCAUUCGUGAAUCUAUUACUUCACAAACAACCAGAAAUGAUACAACUGACGUCACUGCCAUUAACCCAAAAAAAUUGAUAGUACUUGAUGGUGUGUGGAUCGCGAGACUUGUCAAUUUGACAACCUUUCUGAUGGAUAACUUUAAUGCUUGGGAAACAGGAAGUAGGAUCAUUGUCACAACACGAGAUGAAAGAAUUGCAAUAUCCAUGCAACCCUUUCUUUUUGUCCACUAUUUGAGACCUUUGGAAGUUGAAGAUUGUUGGUCCUUAUUUUCCAAAUAUGCAUUUGGACCAUGUCACAACCGACAACAAUCCCAUCUAGAAGAAAUCGGUAGGGAAAUUGCUAAAAAGUGUUAUGGAUUACCAUUAGCUGCAGUAGCACAUGGGCCUCUUCUUCGCAUCUUAUUGUUUCAAGAAGACUGGAAUUAUGUGCAGGAAAGUAAUGUUCGGGAUGUAGAUUAUGAGGUGCACGCUUCUCUCGAAUUGAGCUACAAUUUUCUUUCUUAUCCUUUAAAACAAUGUUUUCAAUAUUGUUCAAUUUUUCCAAAGAAAUCCAUCUUAGAAAAAAAGAUGGUAGUUCAGUUGUGGAUUGCAGCAGGCUUACUUCAACCAUCGUCCACAGAUCAGGAAAAAGUUGGAGAAGAAUACUUUGAUGAGCUAGUGUCAAAGUCGUUGAUACAUCAGCGAUCUAUUGGUGAUGAUGAGGAAAGAAACUUUGAAAUGCACAACUUAAUCCAUGAUAUGGCUACAGAGGUUUCAUCUCCAUACUAUAUCCAUAUGGACAAACAUAAUCUACAUGAUAGGGUGCAUACCUUAUCAUACAAUAGAGAGGCAUAUGAUUCAUAUGAUAAAUUUUUUAAAUUAUACGAAUUAAAAGGCCUGAGUACUUUUGUGGCAUUACCAUUACAAGAACAAUUUCCUCUUUGUUUGUUAUCAAAUAAGGUAGUGCAUGACUUGCUGCCAACAAUGAAACAAUUACGCAUGUUAUCUCUGUCAAGCUACAGAAGUAUCACCAAGGUUCCCAACUCUAUUGGAAAUUUGUUACACAUGCGGUACCUAAAUCUUUCUCACACUAAUAUUGAGAGUCUGCCUUCAGAAAUAUGCAAGCUUUACAAUCUGCAAUUCUUGUUGUUGGCGGGCUGUAAAAGGUUCACUGAAUUGCCGGAGGACAUGGGCAAAUUGGUUAAUCUGCGCUACCUUGACGUUAGUAACACCGCAUUGAGGGAGAUGCCUGUACAAAUAGCACAACUAAAAAAUCUCCACACUUUGUCUGACUUUGUUGUCAGCAAACAUAAUGGUGGAUUGAAUAUUGCACAGCUAGGAAAAUUUCUCUACCUACAUGGAAAACUUUCAAUCUCACAGCUACAAAAUGUUAAUGACCCCUUUGAAGUAGACCGAGCAAAUAUAAAGAUGAAAGAACAAAUAGAUGAGUUAGCUUUGGAAUGGGAUUGUGAUGGUACUACUUUAGAUUCACAAAUUCAAAGUGAUGUGCUUGAAAAGUUACGACCCUCAACAAAUUUGAAAAGUCUCACCAUCAAAGGCUAUGGUGGAAUCAACUUCCCCAAUUGGUUAGGUGAUUCUUUGUUUAGCAACAUGGUGCAUUUAAGGAUCUCGAAUUGUAAUGAUUGUUUAUGGCUUCCAUCCCUUGGAAAAUUGGGUAAUCUGAAAGAACUCGUUAUUGAAGGGAUGCAAUCAGUGGAGACAAUUGGUAUUGAGUUCUAUGGAAGUGGUGAUUCUUCAUUUAAACCAUUUCCCUCUUUGGAGAGUCUACACUUUGAGAAUAUACAAGAGUGGAAGGAAUGGGACUUGAUUGGAGAUACAGCGGCUACAAUGUUUCCUAAUCUAAAAACUUUAUCGCUAAGAAAGUGCCCGAAACUGAUAGCCGGAAACAUAACUGAAAAAUUUCCUUUCUUAACUGAACUCGAGUUAAGAGAAUGUCCUUUACUGGUGCAAUCAAUGCCAUUAUCUGAUCAUGUAUUCAGGAAACUGAUGUUCCCUUUGAAUCUUCUUCAACAACUGACCAUAGACGGCAUUCCAUCUUCAAUGUCUUUUCCAACAAAUGGUCUACCAAAAACCUUGAAAUUACUGAUAAUCAAUAACUGUGAAAAUCUAGAGUUCCUUCCUCUUGAAUACUUGUGCAAUUACACAUCGCUUGAAGAAUUGAAAAUAUCUUAUAGCUGCAAUUCAAUGACAUCAUUUACCUUGGGUGCUCUCCCUGUUCUCAAGAGUCUUUUCAUUGAGGGUUGUAACAAUCUGAAAUCAAUAUCAAUUGCAGAAGAUGUGUCACUAAAGAGUCUCUCGUUUCUUAGAAGCAUCAAAAUAUGGGAUUGUAAUGAAUUGGAGUCAUUUACCCUAGGUGGAUUGGCCACUCCAAAUCUUCGCUAUAUUGCACUAUGGAAGUGUGAGAAGCUUCAUUCAUUACCAGAAGCAAUGAACAGUCUAGCUGGCCUUCGAGAAAUGGAAAUUGAUAAUCUACCAAACCUUCAAUCUUUAGUUAUAGAUGAGUUGCCUAGUAGUUUACAGAAACUGUCUGUUGGCUCUGUCGGUGGGAUUAUGUGGAAUACUGAGCCAAGUUGGGAACAUCUCACUUGUCUUUCAGUGUUGCGAAUUAACGGUGAUGAUACGGUGAACAUGUUGAUGGGGCCACUGCUACCUACAUCGCUUGUGAAACUGUGCAUUUGUGGUCUUGAUGAUACAAGCAUUGAUGAGAAGUGGCUUCAGCAUCUCACUUCUCUUCAAAACCUUGAGAUUAUUAACGCACCCAAACUCAAGUCGUUGCCAAAGAAAGGAUUUCCUUCCUCACUUUCAGUACUAAGUGUGACUCGCUGUCCAUUACUAGAAGCAAGUUUGCUGAAAAAGCGGGGGAAAGAGUGGCGUAAGAUUGCUCACAUUCCCUCCAUAGUUAUUAAUGAUGAAUUGAUCACAUGAGUCUUGUUCGGAACUACAUUUUGUGUCACCCCUGCUUCUUCCCUAUCUUGCUGUUGUAAGAAGCCAAAUUCACCUCAAAACCUGCCACACUGUCCAGGAACAGAUGAAAAGGAGAAAACACUACUGACUCCAAAUAUGUUAGAUCCAGCAACAAUAUCUCUUUCUGUCAGGAGCGGAUGGGAAGAAGAAAUAGCAAUGUUUGCUAAAACAAAGAGGGUUACUAGGAGUCCAGGAUACAGGAUUUCACUGCAGCUACCACAUUCAGAACAUGCAGAAAUUAUCAAACUGUGGCCUAACUCGCUAUGAAGAUUGAAUUGUGUGUUAUCGUUAGGCUGAUACGGUUCGUAUAUGCUUAACUGGAGAGGUAGAUUUGUCCAACAGUUUCUCCACAAAUCUGAACUUUGUCACAAUAACAAACUUUAACUGAUUUUUGGCGAAUUCAUUUGCAAAUUAAUCGUCAACUUCUUAUUUGGGGAGUAUUCUGGCCUUUUGUAAAAGAGAGAUCGCCGACAGGAAAAACAGAAAUCACUGUGGGCAGCAGGGGAGGAGGAGAGAAGAUUUUGAUGUGUGGGUUUAUAACAUUGAAGUUUGAGUAGUUUUCUUCAGACAUUUCUUUUGCAAAGGAUGUUUGAGCCAACACUGUCCCUGUGUCCUGUGAUUUGAAUGCAAUGUAUGCCUUUGUAACUAUAUCUGUCCAUAAUAAAACUAGAGUUUGACUUAAUUCUUCUCUACAAAACUAGCUUAAAAAGUAAAAGCUGUUUCUCUAUAAAUUCUUUUUAAUUUCUAUCUAUAAUUAAUGUAGGACUUCAAAUUUUUCCAAUACAGCUCUCACCAUAGUACUAUUGGCAUAAGAGAAAUUUCACAAAACAAUUAUAACAUUCAAUUUUCUCCCAAUAAACUUGGAAAUGAUGUGGCGUAUGAACUACCACUUUUUCAUUUUAUGUUGUUGGAGUACUAAGAUGUCAGGGUUUCAUUCAGUGUAAAGGAAAACAUAACAGUAUUGAGAAUUGAUUUCUGACCAUUUCAAAACACUUCACCAUGUUGGACCAAUUUUUUCCACUGAACUAGCUGCGGAACCGAAAGCUGCUCUGCAUGUUGUUGAUCAGAUAUUUCUGCAAACUCCUCAGCCUAGUCUAGGUGCUACAAUAUUGUUGAUGCUGUUGAGGAUACCUGCAUAUUGUUGGAGCAGAGAAAAAUUCCAAUAUGAUUAUCAUUUGACUACUAGAUUUUUUUAAAAAUGGUAGUGCAAAAUCUCAGGCAAA